AUGGCUGCUCAAGUUGCAAAUGGCGGUACCGGUGGCGGUAACACUGCCUUCAAGGACAAGGAGAAGCCCAGAGCUGUUCGUAGCGCCAACAUCAUUGCCGCAAGAGCUGUGGCAGAUGCGAUCCGAACUUCUUUGGGACCAAAGGGCAUGGACAAGAUGAUCCAAACCGCCAGAGGCCAGACUAUCAUCACAAACGACGGAGCCACCAUGUUGAACCAGAUGAGCGUUAUGCACCCCUCCGCGAAGAUGCUCGUCGACCUCGCACACGCCCAAGACAUUGAAGCUGGAGACGGCACAACAUCGGUUGUAGUCAUUGCGGGAAGCCUGUUGGGCGCCGCUGAGCGGUUAUUGGGCAAGGGCAUCCACCCCACAGUCAUAUCAGAGGCUUUCCAGCGCGCCGCGCAAGAGGCGAUAUCCAUAUUGACCGAGAUGGCCAUCCCUAUCUCGCUCACGGACAGGCAGACCCUCCUCAAGACCGCCACGACGGCACUCUCCUCCAAGAUCGUCGCUCAGGAGCCCAAGCUUCCUAUCAUGGCUGUAGACUCGGUGCUCAAGGUCAUCGAUCCAAAGACCGCAGACAACGUAGACUUGAAGAACAUUCGGAUGAUUAAGAAGUCGGGCGGUACCAUCGAAGACAGCGAGAUGAUCGACGGACUGGUACUCAACCAGCCAGUAGUCAAGAGCGCUGGUGGUCCCACAUUGAAAGAGAAGGCACGGAUAGGUCUCAUCCAGUUCCAGUUGAGCCCUCCCAAACCAGACAUGGAGAACCAGAUUGUCGUCAACGACUACAGGCAAAUGGACAAGAUCCUCAAGGAGGAGCGAACAUAUCUGCUGAACAUGGUUAAGAAGAUCCAGAAAGCCAAGUGCAACGUUCUCUUCAUCCAAAAAUCCAUUCUCCGAGACGCUGUGAACGACCUCAGUCUGCACUUCUUGUCGAAGCUGAAAAUCCUGGUCAUCAAGGACAUCGAUCGUGACGAAAUCGAGUUUAUCUGCAAGAGUACUGGCUGCAAGCCUAUUGCCGAUAUCGACUCAUUCACUGAAGACAAGCUCGGUUCGGCAGACCUUGUCGAGGAAGUACAGGCGUCAGGCGCGCGAUACGUCAAAGUUUCGGGUGUCAAGGCAGCAGCCAACACUGUCUCCAUCGUCUGCCGAGGUGCCAACAAUCUCAUCCUGGACGAGACUGAGCGAUCUCUACACGAUGCUCACUGCGCCAUUCGCUCAUUAGUCAAGAAGAAGGCGCUACUUGCUGGUGGUGGUGCCCCAGAAAUCGAGAUUGCGCAUCAGUUGUCUCUCAAGGCGCGUGAGCUCUCUGGUACUGAGUCUAUCUGCUGGAAAGCUUUCGCCGACGCCAUGGAGGUUAUCCCAACAACGCUAGCGGAAAACGCGGGUCUGAACAGCAUCAAGGUUGUCACCGAGCUAAGGCAUAGGCACGCACAGGAGCAGAAGAAUGCAGGUAUCAGCAUUAAGAGCGGGGGUGUCAAGAACGAUAUCAGCGAGGAGAACGUACUACAGCCACUGUUGGUCAGCACCAGCGCCAUCGAGCUUGCCGCCGAGACAGUCAAGAUGAUUCUGCGAAUCGACGACAUCGCCUUGUCGAGGUAA